GGUUUGCUGUUGCAACUCAGACUGAAGUGGCAUAAUUUAUUUCUGCGUCGUAUGCGAGCUCCUUUUAAACCGUGGUCUCCAGUUGAUGAAACAACUGUAAGAGCAGUUGUAGCUGUUCUAAGUGCUGAAGAACAGUCUGCAGGUUUGCAGCAGCCUUCAGGAAUUGGUCAGAGACCAAGACCUAUGACUUGUGAAGAACUUCCUGUAGCAUCUACGUGGAGGUCAACCAACAGCAGAAAAAGCUCAGCAGAAACUGAAUUCGCUGAUGACUCCUCUAAUGCUGAAAAAAUGUUAAUGAAAUCUACGCCUCCCACACUUCACCAGCCAAAGAAGUACAAAGAAACAAACAGUUUGCACUCCAAGCGAACUUCAGAUGACAGGUCAGAUCAAUCAUCAGUGAAGUCUACAGACAGCAGUAGCUAUCCUAGCCCCUGUGCUAGUCCUUCUUCUCCAAUGUCGGGAAAGGUAGAGUUCUCAUAAACAAAUUACCCUUCUCUUCAGAAUUAAUGGAAUUUCAGAAAUAAAUUUGUGUCUUGAUAUCUUUCAGCAACUAUCAAGUAAAUUAAUAAAUUAAGAUAAAUAAA